AUUCCAGAUAUCGAGCUAUGUUGGCCAUCUUACUGUUCGUCACAUUUUUGGGAAUGUCCGCAGGUGAAGAAUGUAAUGAACUACAGGAUCCUAUAAAGCGGGAUCAAGGAUUGGGACCGUUUAAUGUUUCUAGAGUUGAGAGGUCAGAGAGCGGAAUUGAGGGGAAACUAGUUCCCAUCAGUGAAGCUUCUCAUCCCUUCAAAAAUGCAUUCUAUGAGGGGGAUUCGUAUGUUGUUAAUUAUGCAGUACGAGAAGGAAGACCCGGGGAUGUUGUUUACUACUGGCAGGGAGCUAAAAGUAACGUUUGGGAGAAGGGAGCCAGUGCAAUCCUAGCAGUUCAACUUGAUACUAGUAUUGGAGGAGGAGCAAUACAGUCUCGGGUUGAAAUGGGGAAGGAGCCCCUGCACUUCAUCAGUAUGUUUGGAGGAACUUUUGUAACCUUACAGGGCGGAGUGGAAAAGAACGAAGCGGAAACGGAUACGGAUGGAACGAUGCUCUUCAAGGUAACCUCCCAAUGCAAUAAGGCUGGAUUUGGAACUCCUAUCACGAGAACUCAACAAGUGGAUGAAAAUAAAGCUAGCUUGAAUGACGAGGAUGUAUUUAUUCUGAAAACUCCAACCAGUCUCUUCAUUUUUCAAGCUGAGGGUGCAUCUGACGAGGAAAUUGCCAUUGCACCAAAGGUAGCGGAAAAUCUGUUCCCUGGGGAAAAGGCUUCAAUCUUUCAGGGUUCCCCUCCACCAGCAAUAUUUACUGAUGCUCUCAACUGAUCCCUCUCCACCAGCAAUAUUUACUGAUGCUCUCAACUGAUCCCUCUCCACCAGCAAUAUUUACUGAUGCUCUCAACUGAUCCCUCUCCACCAGCAAUAUUUACUGAUGCUCUCAACAUCCAUCUCCACCAGCAAUAUUUACUGAUGCUCUCAACUGAUCCCUCUCUACCAGCAAUAUUUACUGAUGCUCUCAACUGAUCCAUUUCCACCAGCAAUAUUUACUGUUGCUCUCAACUGAUCCCUCUCCACCAGCAAUAUUUACUGAUACUCUCAACUGAUCCCUCUCCACCAGCAAUAUUUACUGAUGCUCUCAUCUAAUCCCUCUCCGCUACCAAUAUUUACUGAUACUCUCAACUGAUCCCUCUCCGUCAACAAUAUUUACUGAUAAUCUCAAUUGAUCCCUCUCCGGCAACAAUAUUGAAUUGAAAUUUUUCUGAGAAUUUCUGAAAUCUCAAGGUUUUUGUUUUUCUCGUAUAGAAUAUCGGAUCCAACAAAAAUAGUUCCAAUUAUUUCCCAGUUGCAUCAUAAUUCCUCUUUUAAUUGCUUAUAGAAUUUCUGAAAAUGGUUCUAAUCAUAUUUGAAUUUGCACACUUUUUCUGAUUGGAUAUAUAAUUUGCAUAAAUAUAAAAUUUCUAAA